GUAGGGCUUUAGUUCACAGGGGUUCACAGCCUAAACUGAAGAAAACAGUUAAGUAUAAUAUUUAUUGUUGAUUUUUGAUACAAAGUAUUUGAUCAGGAAUGCUCAUCAAAGAAUAUCGAAUUUGUAUGCCAUUAACAGUAGAAGAGUACAAAAUUGGGCAGCUGUAUAUGAUUGCACGGCACAGUCUCGAGCAAUCAGAUGUAGGAAACGGUGUGGAGGUAAUCGAGAACAAAGAAUGUUAUGAUGAAGAGCAUGGUAAGGGGCAGUACACGGAGAAAAGAAUUCAUUUGUCUAGUAUAUUUUUUUUCCCUAUUGAGCCGUCUUCCUUACUGGAUGCAAUCGUUUUGUCCUAAGGUUUUCUAUAUUGUGGAGAAAGGAUGGAACUACUAUCCAUUCACAAUGACUGGUACGUAAGCCAUAUGUAA